AACACUUUUUAUGCUAAUCUCUCUCUUUUUAUCGCUGACAAGUCCAUUAAUUUAAUUGUUUACCGUCGCAUGUGAAAUACUUUCAGUUGUCUAACAAAUAUGCUUCACUAAGCUAUCAGACAAUCUGAAAUACACGGGUCAGUAAUAAACGAAUCGAAAGUGUGAGACAAUCAGUGGUACAAAAUGUGGAUGCCCAAGGGAAGAUGGAGUGACUGGCUUCUGCCAUUGGCAUUUGUUGCCAUUCUUGUUACCUCGAGCCAAGCCACUGGCUCUGCGUCCCAACCAGCUCCAAUCAAUAGGAAUCCCCGAGGCAGCCACAACAACAGUGGCAUCGGCGACUCUGAGCUAAGUGCCUCAGAGCGAAGUCGACGAUUGAUACCCUACAUGGCCUUCUAUCUGCCGGCACCCGAGUUGCCCAUUAAUCAGCAGUAUGCCACCAAGCACUCGUCGUCGGCUGGCGGAGCACAGCUGCAGGCACCGCUGCCAGGUCCUGGAAGGAUACCAGUGCCGGUGGCCUACAUGCCGCAGCAGAAGCACCAUCCCCACCACCAUGGACCACCGCAUCCGCCACCAGUGCCGCACUAUCAGUCGGGAGCAGGCGAGGUCUAUCACUCCCUUGCGAUUGGAGGCCACCAGCAUCAGCAUGCGCCCCCACAACCGCCACCUGGUCAUGUCAAGGAGCAGCAGGCGAUCACCAAUUCGGGUGCCACGUAUAUUGCGUACAAGCCAUUAAACCCGACGCAUAAGCACAAGACGGUGCAGCAUUUUCCGCCGCUACCGCCGUCGCCCAAGGAGCAAGUGCAGCAGCAGCAGCAGCAGCAGCAUCAGCACCACCUCCUUCUGCACCACCAGCAGCAGCAGCAGCAACCACAGCAGUACGAGAUCCUAUCACCGAGCUUAGUGGCAUCCCAGGCGCAGCGGCAGCGGGGCAAACAAUCAAAAAUCAAUUUAACACCAUUUACAGCGCAGAACACAUUGCCGGGACAGUUUAUACCCAUUAUUUAUACGCCAGUGAGCAGCAGCAAACCGGGCUCCCCCGGCGAUGCCAUCAAUUACAAUAAUAUCCAAAGCAACCUGAAGCAGCCAGAAAUUGUCUAUAAAAAUUCCCAUCAAACACAAAUCGUUACGGAUUAUGCAGCCGGAGCGGAUGCCUCCGCCGAACAGUCACCACCAUCGUCAUCUGGCGAGGAGGUGGAUGAAGCGAAGGGCGAGAAGAUGGUGGAGCAGCAGCAGGAGGAACAUGGAGCCCAGGAGGAGGCGGCGGAGCAGCAGCAGCAGCAGCCGCAACAGCACCAGCAAGUGCAAAACAAUCCAAGCAUCGGCUACGCUUCUGUGUCGGUUCCCGAUUCGAGCGCAGUUACCGCGACCACAUCCUCCAAAAACGCAUUGAUAAUACAUCAGAAAUCACCGGCUUACGGGCAUGUUAGCAAAUACGAAAGCUACUUCAAUAUGGCCCCGCCCUCGACUAGUCUUGGUCAUCAUCCUCAUCAGCAGCAUCCGCACAUGACGCCGCAGGAGAAAUAUGUGCUUUACUUACAACAGCGCAUGAAACACCAAAAACAUCAGCAACAUCUGCAGCAGCAACAGCAACAGCAUUACGACUUUUCACAUCCGGUGGUGCCGGCUCAAAGCAAUACAUUGGCUGGUAACCACCAUUCGCAACACACCCAUCUGCAUCCCCAUCAUCCCCAAACCAAGACCCAUCAUCCAAACAAGUACGAUGCCCUCUACGUAAGACCGGAUGCGACUGCUGGCCAACAGGUGCUGCACAUCCCUCUGCGCGCACUCAUGGCCCACGUCCAAGAACAGUCGCAUUCCCAGUCGCAAUUACAGGCGGAGUCGCAGGCACAGUCGCCCCGCCACGAUUUCGCCAAGGAUGAACCACUUGGUUCCCCAGCACCACCGCAGUUUAUAGACUAUCUAAUAGAUGGGCCAAGACAAUCGCUGGAGGAUGAGCAGCAGCACUCCCAGCAUGAGCGUCCAUCGGCUCAUCAGCCGCCCCAGCAUGCCUACAUUCUGGUGACCACGACAGCUCCACAUAUCGAGCAUCAGCCUGCACCACAAAUGCAUCCAGAGAUUUCCACACCGCGUCCACCGAUUCUCUAUAACCAACAGCCCACUCUUCGGUUGCAGCCCGUGCAUACUUACAAGGCCACCAGACGUCCCAUUUACGUGACCACACCCGCACCCGCAGUGUCGCCCACUUCAAGUCACACGGUAGAGAUUACGCCCAAAUAUGUUUACGUUUCGGGGAAGCCUCCGACUGCCCACAAUCCAGAGUUACCGCUUAGAGAACCAUCUACGGUAACGCCUAUUAAACUUAAGCCCGUUUACAAAUACGCCCAUGAGCGCCCUCCAUUAACGCCUGCAUACGUACCAGAGGAUCAGGAUCAGCUACCAGAUAUUCGCACCUCAUCGCUGGCCGAAAUCCUUCACAAGCUUCAAGCGAGCAAUCAUCUUCCGCAAACCCUAACACCCGACAACAUCGACAACUCCAUCAAAACAUUGAUCCGCAUACUGCAAAAUCUAAAGCAAACCCAAACCAUUGUGGCCAAUCCUCCGCAGCAUCACGAGGAGCACAAGUCCAAUUCCCAGGAUUAUGAUUACAAUACGGGCAGCGAAGAGGAACACCAUUCCCAAUCAGAGGAGGCGGUUGCCAGACCAAAGGGACCAAAUAAACACCCAGGACCAAGCACUGGAAGACCUGGCAUCGAUUAUCCGAACUAUGCGGAGAUCCCUCAAACCAGUUUUGAGUGCACCAAGCAACGCUACAAGGGAUUCUUUGGCGAUCCGGAGACCAACUGCCAGGUCUGGCACUACUGUGAUCUCAAUGGAGGAAAGGCUUCGUUCCUUUGCCCCAAUGGAACCAUAUUUAGUCAGAUUGCCUUAACUUGCGAUUGGUGGUUCAAUGUGAAAUGUUCAACAACUGCGCAACUUUAUGUGCUGAACGAACGACUUUACAAGUACAUUCUGCCUUUCAAUCCGAAGUUUCCCGAGGACUACAACGGUCCUAUUGUGGAUAAGUAUCUGGCCAUGAAAUUCCAGGAAAUGGAGGAGAAAAUGCGCCUGGAGAAACAACGCAAGGCGGCCCAAGAGGCACAGAAGCCCGAAGAAGCACCAUCUACUCUACCUGCUUUGCCCAAAAAUCACAAGCCAGAACCCAAACAUGGUAGCGGAAUAAAUGCCCAGGUGUAUGAGCAAAGCUCUGAGAAAAACUUGCUGAUCGAUGAUGAGAUAGAUGAUAUUUCGGAGCGUGGGACCUACGAUACGUACGACCAGACCGCACCCACAACUAUAAUGGCACCCACGAGCACCCAGGACACACAGUCCUUUGUCCUUAAACCAAUCGUAGUGUCCUCCACUCCACAACCGCUGCCAGAGAUUGAUUUUGAAGUGGAGCCAACAGCUCCAGGCAGCAGCGAAGAGGAGGAUCACCUGCAAAGUCUAAGGGAAACUAAGGAAGCCGAGAAGAACACGCGCGAAUCCACAAGGGUGAGCGUAGAAAAGCUGGAGGUAAUCGAGAUCAAAACCGAUGGAAACACCGGACAACUGAUGCCCAUCAAGACCAGUAGCAAAUGAGCGUUUCGUGGAGAGGAUGAGUAGCUCUUGCCAUAUUUGUAAUGAGAAAUUUGUUUGCGAGUUGGUUGUAUAAUCCCUAAAUUAUUCUUAGCGAGCAAGUAAUGUAAAUAGCUAGCUGUAAAUGCAACUGUAUACAUACCUAUAGCUAUAGUGAAAUAAAAUCUGACUAGUACGUAAAAAAGA